AUGGGGGUCCUCCAGAGGCUGGUACUCCUCCAGGCGGUGGGAAUCCUCCAGAGGGUGGUGCUCCUCCAGGUCCUUGGAAUCCUCCAGGCCGUGGGAGUCUUCCAGGUCGCGAGAAUCCUUCAGGGCGUGGGGAUCCUCCUGAUGGUGGUACUUCUCCAGGCCUUUGGAGUCCUCCAGGCCGUGAUGCUCCUUCAGGCCGUCAUACUCGCCCCAGCCAUGGUGCUCCUCCAGGCAGUGGAAAUCUUCUGCAAGGCCGUUUGGGACAGUCGUGCCCGCGGUCCGCUUGGUUUCACCCCCAUCGACCCUAGUCAAGGCAUUAGCUCCAAGCGUCUAGUGCACUCUGAACAGGCCCCUGCAAAGGACGACGUCCAACAACAAAGCUCCAACGAUAAAGAUAAGAAGUUGCGAACUCGAAUGGUCGAAUUGCUUCUCAGGAUUAUGGAAGACGUAAUAUCCACCCAGAGAGAUAGCGCCGUGAAAUCCAAGCCAGGAGCUAAAGCUCCUAGCGAAAAGGCAAAGUCUGAGACGCCUGAUAAGAAUGACUCGGAAGCCAAGGCAUCAAUCAGCAAUGUUUCGGCUGGGGUCGACGCAAAUCCUCCACGGGAUGGUCUUUAUGACAGCUCCAUCAGAGAUUCCACUCUUCAAGGAAAUGACGCGCAGCACAAAGAAACCAAUUCUGAGCCUUCAAGCAGCCCGGAACCCAUGUUCACUCUCGAGUUGAAGCAGCGCAGAAACAGUGAGAAUGCCCCUGCAUGUCUGCUUGAAGAUCUGAACUUGGAAUACGGACCGCAGAGAUUCGAUGGCAGCAACGAACCCAGCCCUCGACCUAGCCGUGAAGACGCCUCUAUCGAGAAUCUCGCUUUUCAGGGAGAUGACGAGCAGCCUGCUGCGCCGAGAGGACCCUGGGCGCUGACGCAACAACAACAACCUCAGCACCAAGAAUCUUCCUCUGAACCUUCAAGGGGCUCAGAACGCCGGUCCACUCUCGAGUCAAGGCAGCGCAGCAACAAGAUUCAGGGGCAGCAAGGAACCCAGCGAUCCUGGCGAAAGUAACGAAAAUUCAAGUUCCGAAGUGCUCUUCCUUCGCCGCCCUAGUGCACUUCGACGAGUGAGCGCCGACCAAAAGCCCCUCACAACCCAGGUGAGCAAGGGGGAGGCCUAUGGAAAUUCGAGUAU